AGCUAUCGGCCAAUUCCCAUCCCUAAUGCACAGCUGAUGCGAAAUUGUUUACCUCGUACAUUUUUAGAUAAUUGCCCUAUUUCGCCAUUAAAACACAUUAGCAGAGCACUGAAGACACACCCAUGUCGGAGGACCAUGGCAAAGACUACACACUGGAGUCCGACUCCGAGCUGCGAUUUGAAAUCGAGCAGAAGGACGCCAAAGUGCUGGUGUCCCUGGUCAGUGGAUUUGCGGAGCUGUUCGGCACGGAGCUGGUGAAGAAAAAGCAGUACGAGUUUGGUGUGGGCGCCAAGGUGGCCAUCUUCACGUACCAGGGCUGUGUGCUCCACGUUUCCGGCAAAAUGGACGUGUGCUACAUCUCCAAGGAGACGCCGAUGGUGCAGUACGUCAACUGUCAUGCGGCACUGGAGCAAUUCCGCAUGGAGGCCGAGGAGAAGGAUCGCUACGGACCAGUGGCCAUGGUCGUCGGUCCCAUGGACGUGGGCAAGAGCACUCUCUGCCGCAUCCUGCUUAACUAUGCUGUGCGCGUGGGUCGUCGACCGCUGUACGCCGACCUGGAUGUUGGACAGGGCUCGAUAGCCAUUUCCGGCAGUGUGGCCACCAUUCUCAUCGAGCGACCGGCGAACGUCGAGGAGGGAUUCGCCAAGACAGCGCCGCUGGUCUAUCACUUUGGCCAUAAGUCGCCCAGCGGUAACAGCGUACUGUACAAUGCCGUGGUUUCCAAAAUGGCCGAGGUAACGCUGCAAUCCCUAAAUAGCAACAAGCGAACAAAAAGCUCUGGCAUUAUUAUAAACACUUGUGGCUGGGUAAAGGGAUCCGGCUACGCGCACCUGUUGCACGCGGCCAAAGCCUAUGGAGCCUGCGCCAUCUUCGUCCUGGACCAGGAGCGACUGUACAACGAGCUGCUUCGGGAUGUGCCAAAGGGAGUUCAUGUGGUACUGCUGCCCAAGAGUGGCGGCGUCGUCGAGCGCAGCAAGGAACUGCGACACGAGGCGAGGGAUCAGCGCAUCAAGGAGUAUUUCUACGGCAAUACAAGGGCGCCCUUCUAUCCGUUCAGCUUCGAGGUGAAGUUCCAGGACCUGCGACUCUACAAGAUCGGCGCACCGCCGCUGCCCGACUCCUGCAUGCCAAUUGGAAUGAAGGCCGAGGACAACAAGACCAAGGUGGUGGCGGUUACACCCACGCCCGCCCUAAUCCAUCAUGUGCUGGCACUCAGCUUUGCCGAGUCCGUGGAGGACGAUGUGAUUGGCACCAACGUGGCCGGCUUUUGCUGCGUAACCGAAGUGGACAUGGAAAGACAAGCAGUGAUGUUGCUUUCGCCGCAGCCGCGACCUUUGCCCCCGAACGCCCUGCUCCUGUGGUCGGAACUGCAGUUCAUGGAUAAUCACACCUAGCAUUUGUAAAUGCUCUGCUCUAGAUGUAAUUUAACAAAUUUUAUAUUAAUGUUGGCGUUACAAAAAAUACAGUUUAGAUGUGCAAGUAGUCAA